UGGGUGUCAUGUGUUGUUAGCAACUGGGGUAUUAUGAUUUUUCAUGCUUUUAACAGAGUUUUUGUGUAGUGUUAAGUUAUUUAAUAAAAGGUAUAAAUGGCACCAGAAAGAGCGUUAACUCCACAAGACGAGAGCAGAUUAUCUCCAAAGAUGUCAGUUCCGGCGAGCCCGAUAGCCGGAACUCCGAUUCGAGAUGCACAGUCUCCCAUAUCUAUGCUGUUGGCUGUUGCGCAAAGUCAGAGUAGAGCCGACGAUGACCUUACUAAUUUAAAUUGGUUACAUGAACGUGAUAUUUUAAAAGGUAUGAAUAUUAAUCCCUCGCCAUCGAAUAGCAUCAACUCAACGCCAAUCAAGGUGUAUAAUCAGGAAGUAAUAAUCGACCAUUCAACACCCACUAGUACGGACGAAUCAGUGGAAUCUUCCGAUAGCUAUAAUAUGCCAAAUCCUCCGCUGAUACUGUCCCCGCCCAGGAACAAGCAUCCCAAUAACGUUCCCUAUAAUCCUACGAUACAUGCGAACCAUAAACCACCCUAUUCAUUUUCCUGUUUAAUAUUUAUGGCUAUCGAAAACUCACAUCAGAAAGCAUUGCCCGUAAAGGAGAUCUACGCAUGGAUUUUAGACAAUUUUCCUUACUUCAAGAACGCACCAACUGGUUGGAAGAACAGCGUGAGGCAUAAUUUGUCUUUAAACAAAUGUUUUCAGAAAGUCGAAAAAGCAGCAAAUCUUGGCAAAGGUUCUCUUUGGACAGUAGAUCCUAAAUACAAACCAAACUUAAUUCAAGCGCUCACUAGAUCCCCCUUCCAUCCCAUUUCAACGUUAGAUACUUCCUCUCAUGUACAAAAACCCGCGGUCAACGACAAACCUUCCAUUCAUCGUCUACCCAAUCCAGAAAUGUUGCCGUACUUAGCUAGGAAACUUGCUGCCACCGAAAUGAACAAUCACAUCAUUCACAAUCACGUGAUACAUAGCAGUGCUCCUAGGAUCAAGUUGGAAGAUUCCUUGGAUGCUGUAGAUGCUGCGGCAGCCAUGUUGAGUUUGAAAAAUAGUCAACCCAAGAAUUUUGAUGCUAAAGAUUUCCUACAAGUUAUCACCAAUUCACCUAGUCAAGAUCAUACAUAUAGUGCUGCUGAUAGUGAGGAUGGCGAUACUGUUGAUGAUGGAAAUAAUAGGAUACCAAAAAAUUUUACCAGUCGAAAACUGGACUUCGAGGACGACGAAGAUCGAAGAAUCAAAGAAGGUGCUGAAACUUUGCUGAAUCUAGCAGGAAUAACUUUAAAAAAGCGCCACAGUUCCAGUAGCGAUACGGAAGAGCAGUCGAAAAAGAUUCGUCUGUACCGCUACGAUAUCAAUAAAAACGAACCCGAAGAAAAAGUUGCUCACUUCAAACCACGACUACUGAGAACAAAAAAGAAGCAGUCAAACAGAAAUAGAGUUACAGAUGAUUGGGUAGGCCACAGAAGAGACAUAGAAAACAAUCAGAACAGGUAAUUGAUAGUAAUAAGUAGAAAAAUUUGAAAUAUUACCUAGUUAGACUGGGCGAGAUUUUUCAAAAAUCGCCUAUUUUUAGAAAAAAAUUUAAGUUAGUUGGAGAUCAAAGUGUUAAAGCAAUAAUUAAAUAGUUUUACUUGAUAAUUUGGUCUUUUUAGAAAACUUAUUUUAAGUUUUUGUUAGUAAUUUUUUGCCCGGAAGUGAAAGGCCCCAUUCCCUUAAACAUUUUUGUGUUUAAAAUGAAUAGCUGGUAUAGAAUCUUUACAAAUACUCGCAUAUGACAAAUUUCGUUUUUAGACAUAUUUUAUGUGUUAGUUUUUUUUUUCAAAUUAUUUAUUAAACGCAAUGUCAAUCAACAAGAAAUAACACAUUCGUAAGAAAUUGUGCACAGAAAGUAAUUGUAACAUGUUAAGACCAUAUCCAAAACUAGUUUUAUAAAACUUAAAGAAAGUAUGUGUCAAGUUACCAGGAACCAGAUAUCGUAACAUAUAUUAAGAUAUGACGUCUGAAGAUGGAUAUUGCGUGUAUUGCGGGUGGAACCAAAUGACCUAGCUAGAAAAACGCUGCUUGAUAGACCCAUUUGCCAGAGUAGAAGAGGAAGACCCAGAACAAGGUUCCUUGAUAACAUCGAUGUGAGAAAAAUGGGAAUACAUGCUUGGCGGAGAAAAGCGAUGAUAGGACCGACUGGAGAGAAAUUCUUGAGGAGGCUAAGACCCACGCAGGGUUGUAAAGCCGAAAUGAUGAUGAUGAAUUCAUUUCUUAAAUUUCCCACAUAUAUCCAAACAUUUCUCAAUUUUGAAAACGACAAACAACGACGUGACCUAUGAAGACAUACUCCGGCCUAUGGUAGAAACAAAUGACAGGCUAUAAUGUCAGAAUUAAGAAAUACAGGUCGAACACCGUUUUAAUGUCAAUGCUUGAUGAUUUAGAUUAUUUCUACGAUAGGUUAUCGGCGCCUCUCGAAUUGAUUAAAAAAAAUUAAUUAAUUAUAAAUACAUUAUUACUUUUGAAUCUUAACUUUCUUGUCGGUGUGCCUACUUCCCAAUAAAAAUACGCAAUAUUCAUAAGACGAAUGAACAGUCUUAUACUUUUACCGUCAAAUGCACUUUAUCUUCAUCUAACGAAAAAUCUUACAAAGGCUAUUUAUUGAGAAGGCUAUUCGAUUAUUUGAAAUCUUGUCUAGGCUAUAAAAUUACCAAUUAAAAAAGAAAAAAAUCUAUAUUGUAUUUGUUGGAAGUAAAAUGUAAUAUAUUUUAUGUUUUGUUUACCUAGCAUGAUAUGUAAAUAUAUUUAAGGAUUGUUUUUAAGCUUUAAAAGAAUUAUUUUGACUAUUUAAGUACAGUUGUAGUUGGUGAUCAAAAGAAAAAAACUAAAACAUAUCAGUUUAUGAUUUUUUGUGUAUAUUAUGCGACAGUACUCUAUUUUUCGUUUAAAGGUGUUACAAGUUAACAUAAAUCUUAGAAACUCGUUAUUUUUAGUAAAAAAUAUCAAGCAUAAAUAUAUCCAUAAAUACAACAAUGAAACGAAGAUGAAAC